GCGGUGGGAGAAGGAGGUGGCGUUAGCUGGAGCCCCAGACAGCUGGAGGGGAUAAACAGAGGAGGGGGCCGCGGAGGGCUCGGGUCCCAGCCAGGCCGGGGCUGCGAAGCCUGGCGACCGGCUCAGGCUGCCACCCAGCCACUCACCUCCCAGAGGGGCCCCUGCCCUGGCUCGGGCUUCGGGCCGCCCCCCUGCAUGGAAGUUCAGGGGCUUCGUCCACUGGCUGCUGCGGCUGCUGAGCCUGCCCUGAGGAGGCCUGACAGGUAAUUUCAAUGCCUUCUGUAUGGACACGAACUCUACUGGAAUGCUCGGAUGCACAGCAACACCUCCACUAGCUUGCUUUCGUCAGCCCUAUUGUGAGAAGAUGGCAAAAGCAAACAUUACUAGAGACCUCAUCCACAGGCAGCUCAAGGAGAAGGGUGCCCUCAGCUUUGAACGACACUAUCAUGUCACUGACCCCUUCAUCCAGCGCCUGGGCUUGGAGGCAGAGCUGCAGGGUCAUACUGGCUGUGUCAACUGCCUUGAAUGGAAUGAAAAGGGAAAUUUGCUGGCCUCUGGCUCUGAUGACCAGCACACGAUAGUGUGGGACCCGCUGCACCAUAAGAAGCUCCUCUCCAUGCAUACAGGACAUACAGCAAACAUAUUCUCAGUCAAGUUCUUACCACAUGCAGAGGAUCGGAUACUUAUCACUGGGGCUGCCGAUUCCAAGGUGCAUGUCCACGACUUGACGGUUAAAGAAACGAUCCAUAUGUUUGGGGAUCACAAAAACAGAGUCAAGCGUAUUGCCACAGCUCCCAUGUGGCCCAACACCUUCUGGAGUGCGGCUGAGGAUGGGCUGAUUAGACAGUAUGACCUGCGAGAGAACAGCAAACACUCAGAGGUCCUGAUUGACCUGACGGAAUACUGUGGACAGCUUGUAGAGGCAAAGUGUCUCACUGUCAACCCCCAGGACAAUAACUACCUGGCAGUGGGAGCCAGCGGGCCUUUUGUACGGAUCUAUGAUAUACGCAUGAUCCACAAUCACAGAAAAACAAUGAAACAGAAUCCCACAGCUGGAGUCCAUACAUUUUGUGACCGGCAGAAACCCCUUCCAGAUGGUGCAGCACAGUACUAUGUAGCAGGGCAUCUUCCAGUGAAAUUGCCAGACUACAAUAACCGGCUGAGAGUUUUGGUAGCUACAUAUGUCACCUUCAGUCCUGAUGGUACAGAACUCUUGGUCAACAUGGGAGGGGAACAGGUUUACUUAUUUGAUCUGACUUACAAGCAGCGGCCAUACACUUUUCUCCUGCCAAAGAAAUGCCACUCUUCAGGAGAGGUGCAGAACGGAAAAACAUCAACCAAUGGCGUGUCAAAUGGCAUCCAUCUCCACAGCAACGGCUUCAGGCUGUCUGAGGGGCGAGCACACAUAAGUCCACAGGUGGAGCUGCCUCCCUAUCUGGAGAAAAUCAAACUGCAAGCCAACGAGGCUUUUGCUUGUCAGCAAUGGACUCAAGCCAUCCAGCUUUAUAGCAAAGCUGUCCAGAAAGCCUCCAGCAAUGCUAUGCUGUACGGAAACAGAGCUGCUGCCUACAUGAAGCGCAAGUGGGAUGGGGAUCACUACGAUGCAUUGAGAGACUGCUUAAAGGCCAUCUCCCUAAAUCCAUGCCACUUGAAGGCUCACUUCCGCCUGGCUCGCUGUCUCUUUGAGCUGAAGUAUGUGGCAGAAGCACUGGAGUGUCUGGAUGACUUCAAAGGAAAAUUCCCAGAGCAAGCACAUAGCAGUGCUUGUGAUGCACUGGACCGGGACAUCAAUGCAGCCCUUUUCUCAAAAAGUGAUAAUGCGGAAGACAAGAAAGGGAGCGGCCCUAUCUGGCUGCGAGCAGCGGGCCGAAAAGAUUCCAUUUCGGAUGAUGAGAUGGUGCUGAGGGAGCGCAGCUAUGACUACAAAUUCAGAUACUGCGGCCACUGCAACACCACCACAGACAUCAAAGAGGCCAACUUUUUUGGCAGCAAUGCACAGUACAUUGUCAGUGGCUCUGACGACGGCUCCUUCUUCAUCUGGGAAAAAGAAACAACGAACCUGGUGCGGGUGUUGCAAGGCGAUGAGUCCAUUGUCAACUGCCUCCAGCCCCACCCGAGUUACUGCUUCCUGGCCACCAGUGGCAUUGAUCCAGUCGUACGGCUGUGGAAUCCCAGACCAGAGAGCGAGGCACUGAACGGGCGAGUGGUGGAAGACAUGGAAGGCGCUUCCCAAGCCAACCAGAGGCGGAUGAACGCUGACCCACUGGAGGUGAUGCUGUUUAACAUGGGCUACCGGAUCACAGGACUGACUAGUGGUGGGACUGGAGGCUCAGAUGAUGAAGACAGCUCCGAGGGGCAAGUCCACUGCCGGACCAGCUAAAGCUGAACUGCCUCUCCUUCCCAUGAUUUUGGGGUUUUUUUUGUUUUUGUUUCUUUGUUUGAAGGGAAAUCUAGUUUGCUCAGUUUGAACUCUGAUGAACGACUGCACUGUUUCACACUAUGCACAGAGUAGGACACGUCAGCAGGGGCAAGAGUGGCUUUGUUAAACUGCUGCUACUAUUUCUUCCCCCCUUUUGCCCCGUUCCACUAUUGAGCAGCAUGGUAACGCGGCCUGUUGAGUUUUGCCUCCCAGCAGAAUCUAGUCUGUACAGGGGUUCCUUUUCCACGUUGUCUGAGAGCAGUGUAAAACUGGUAGCCAUCCCCUCCUCCAGCGCUGCUGCAUGGCCUGGACGGCGGGAGGCAUUGCCUACAUGAAUGCAUUUUACAGAGAGGAUGUUUAAAAACUCAAUAAAAUGUAAAACUAGGGCAGGGAUUAUGGAAUUAAGUUUAAUGCGGUGAUCUGUGUCUCUGAAGCUUGGCUUGCCUGCUCUGCUGCUAGCUAUUGGCCCAUAGUUGUGGCCUCUCUGGUGUCUCUUUCAGCCCACAGGACAGCUGAUGAGCCCAGCCUCUGCAUCUAAAGCCAUGGUCACAACCAAGUGGCUAGAGAGAACAUGGGCAGCUUAAUUCAUGUGACUCUGGAGGUGCAAAAUAACAUGACACCAGGCAGAGAAACUGACUUCCUGGUAUUCAAUACUUUAUUUCUUCCAUGUGCAGAGAGAGAAAUGGCUGUAAUAGAGAGAGGCCCUGACACGGGGCUCUGUGACUUAUGUGACUUGAGCUAGUAAAAAGAACUGAUGUUGCUGCUCUUUGGAAAACUCCUGAUUCCCCCACCCCACCCCCGGCAACUUCUCCCAGAAUGUUUUCUUUCUUGUGUGUCUAUGGUUAGGCAUGUGGCGUAUGUGGGACAUGCCUCAUCACUGCUUGGGACUGAAUGCUGAAAGUGAACUGAUUCGCUGGCUCUCCACAAGGUUGUCCUUCCCCAUUUCCUUGACAUUUGUGUGACCUCCCACCUCUGCCAUGCAUAGAGGAAUCUCCAUGGGGUUUGUGAACUUCUUAGUGGAGCCGCCUAUCCUUUCUCAAACCUUGUUUCUGGUGGGCAGGAGUCUUUAAAGUGGCACAGGAUGUUGAUUCCUCUUUUUUGUUAAAUGACUCCAUUUUACCUGUUUGCUUCCAGCCAUCAAAUGGAUACCACACAGUUGAUGUAACGUGGCUUUUUAAAAAAUAUGAUUGUGACCUAAGCCCAAGAGUCCCUGCGCAAUACACGUAACAUUUGUUCUCUCCUCAUUUAUGUUAAAUUCUAGCAUUGUUCCUUGAGGUAAGAAUGGAGGGCGGAGAGAGAAAGGUAUGCAUGACCAGGACAAAUGCUACGUUAAGGUUGGCUUUUAGGAACACAGAAUUCCUGUGUUUUGUGAAGGAAAGGACAUGUUUGGGAAAGUGAUCUCUGGACAUGGCACACACCUUGACGUCUUUUGUGUCACAUCUCUGGAGCAAGUGGUUGCAGAAAUAAUGGUGGCAUAAAAUCUGCUGUCAGUACAACUUCAGGGUGUGAUGGUGUUGAUAAUGCGCCAUUGUCUUGAACCAACUCAGACCUUCUCUUCCAGGUAACUCUUCUCUGGGAUUUAUGCUUGGAAUUGGAAGCAAGGCAGGCAGCCAUUUGUGGGUGGGUGUUGAGGAGAAAUAUGACUGUAACAUUGCUGUCUCCAUUAAACAUCUUUGCUUUGCCUCCCCUUGAAAA